AUGGCGUACUCCCAACGGGAUUAUGCAGAAAUGCAUUAUUAUUACGGCUACGCACGAAGAAAUGCCGGACUUGCUGCAGGAUUAUACCGGGUCAUGUUGAUACACAGAGGAGGGCGCCAACCAGACACUUAUCCAGACCGACAUCUUUUCAUCUCUGGGCGCUUACAAGGAUUGAUCGGACGACAAUCUUGUGAAGGUGAACCGAUAGACCCUGACCGCGUUGACGUUGUUUUAGAAGAAGUUGCAAGAGAUCCCUCUAAGAGUAUGAGAGCAAUUCAACGACGUACAGGUAAAUAA